AGCAACAGCAACAUCAACGCCACACCCAAACCAGAGCCCGAAAUCCCGUAGAAGAAGGAGGAAAGGAGACCACCGCCCGGAGAUCUUCCGUCGGAGCGCCGGAGAUGGAGCAGCUCGGGGGCAAGAAGUCGAACAAGAUCACGGAGAUCGUGCGGCUGCAGCAGAUGCUCAAGAAGUGGCGCAAGCUCUCCGUCGCCUCCAAGUCCGACGCGGCGGCGGCCAGCACGCCCGCCGUCGCCACGGUCACCGCCGGAGGCAACGGCGAGAGCAAGGCCAAGAAGUUCCUGAAGCGGACGCUGUCCUUCACGGAGAGCCCGCCGUCGUCGGCGGCGUCGUCGGGGCCGCCGCCCAAGGGGCACCUGGCGGUGUCGGUGGGCCCGGCGAUGCGGCGGUUCGUGAUCCCGACCGAGUACCUCAAGCACCAGGCGUUCGCGGCGCUGCUCCGGGAGGCCGAGGAGGAGUUCGGGUUCCAGCAGGAGGGCCUGCUCCGCAUCCCCUGCGACGUGCCCGCCUUCGAGGCCAUCCUCCGCGCCGUCGACAAGGGCCGCGCCGGCGGCAAGAACAAGGACAACGCCGCCUUCUGCUACUGCAGCGCCGAGUUCGCCAUCGCCGCCGCCGACGUCGGCACCCCCAACAACUCCCUCUGCAGAUAAGCCCGGCCCGGCCGGCCGCCGGAGCCCCGUCGUCGCUCGCCGGCCACCGUUAGAAGUACCUGACUACCAUCCUCUCCCACGAAAAAAAAAAGUUCUGUUCUCCAUUUUUCUUCUUCUUCUUCGUCGGUCGUGUUUUUCCAGCGUCGUGAUGGUGAGGGAUGAUUCGACGUACGGUAUCUCCCCCCACGGUUUUUUUCUUACUAGGAAUUAUCAUUACCACUGCCCGCAUUCUUUCUCCGAUGAUGAUCUGGAUUAGCCGGGUGAAUGGUGUAAUGCAUGCAUGCGGACUGCGCCAUUGAUGGAAUCAUAUGGAAAGAUUGAUGUGAAAAAUGAAGGGCGAUGAUCUUUUUUCUCU